AUGCUGUUUUCACUAUUUCUCGGCGCGACAUUGGCGAUAGCAACAACAGCCCCGGCCUUCCCAUACAACCAGACGCAGAAUAACAGCACCACCGGCUUCAAACAGAAGAACCACCACACACACCCUUCCCUCCACCACUCCCGAGACACCAACAUCGAAACCGACCCAGUCUCCCAACUCCUCCUCAUCGCCCCAUCAUCCAUCUCCUGCACCGGAGCCCCCAACCCGGACGAAUGCACCCCCUCCAGCCCUGCGCUCGUCCAGCUCCUCGUCGCCUCCUUCCAGCGGUACAACGUGACCACCCCGGCCGAGCAGGCCGCUCUCCUCUCGUGGAUGGCGUAUGAAAGUCUCAGCUUCCGGUACAAUCGCAACCACUUCCCGUCCCCGGGCCGCCCAGGCCAAGGCACGCGAGUCAUGCUCAUGCCCAACUUUGUGGCCGAGUUCGCCGCCACGUUUCCCGAGUUGCAGAGUCGCCUAGCACAGGCACAGAGACAAACCCCGGGUAAUAAGGAUCCGGCCAAAGUGCUGGACCUGGUGCUGGAUGACACCUACAGUUUCGCGGCGGCGGGCUGGUUUUAUAGUUCCAAGUGCAGCGCCCACCAAAAGGAAGCGCUGCGUACGGGCAGCCAGGAGGGUUGGGAAGAGUUUGUAACGGCUUGCGUGGGGACCACUGUCGACAAGGGGAGGCAGGAGUAUUGGGAGAGAGCGUGUCUGGCUUUGAAGGUUGUCGAGGGAUAG